CACUUCCGGGGGGAGAACACGUUCCUGGACAAGGAGGCCCAGGAGACCCGGGAGAACAGCAGGGCCUACCUGACCUACCUGUCCAAGCGCACCCUGCGGUGCCAGAACGCCAUCAUCACCCUGAAUGACCAGAACCGCUCCGACCUGGAGCAAGUCCUGAAGCAGAAGGAGGAACUGACCUCGCAGUACACCGACAAGGAGAAGGAGGUGAGGAGCCAGCUGAUCGAGAUGGAGACCAAGUUCUCCCUGAUGAACAAGGAGGUCGAGGAGCUGAAGCCCUUCAAGGAGCUGCAGGCGGAGCAGCUGGCCCGCAUCCGGGAGCUGGAGAGGGACCUGCUGGCCAUGAAGAUCCACCACUCGGAGCAGAUGCACCGCAUCAAGAGCCGCUUCCUGCAGCAGAAGGCCGAGUAUGAGGCGGAGUCCCAGCAGAAGGUCCAGGCUCUGGCCAAGCGGGCCGAGAAGGAGGCCGUGCGCAGCCUCAUCCAGCACACCAAGCAGAUCAAGGCCGAGAACCUGCGCCUGCGCAAGGAACUGCUGGACCUCAUCAGAAGGGCCCAAGGCCUGAAAGCCAUCGUCCACCAGCUCCGGGAGCAAAAGCGGCAGCUGCUCCGGGAGCUCCACUACAGCCAAGGCCUGGCGCACAGGCGCCGCUGGCUAGUGCAGAGAAGGCCCCCGCGGCAGCCCCCUCCCGAGAGCCUCAGCCCACUGGGCAAAAGGGGGCUGGGCUCCCCUCCGGCCACAGGACUCCCGGCGCCGGCCAACAAAGGCUCACCGUCCCCCAUAGGCCUCCAGCCAGAGGACAUCCUUGCGGGAAGGGCCCCCAUGACCCCAGGCCGGGAGCCCACCGAAAGACCCUCUGCCCAGGAGGCAUGGGAAGAGUAG